UUCAUUAAGCAAAAGAGAUUGAGCUCCUGAGUCUCUCACUAGGCGGCAGGGUUUCUAACCUGUGAAUCAGUCUUGAGGCUUUUUUCUGACUUCUCUUUCAUUGAUAACAUCCUUCUGGAAUGGCAUUCACCAGCAUAACCCCUUGGAGAAUGGCAUUAAAUUGGAGUAACACCACAGUGAAUCAGGCAAGCGCUGUGAGGCUCUGGAUGGGACUGGUCCCCAGACCGGGUGUCUGUCUGUCAACAUCCACCGGCCAAUGUCAGGAGACAUGAUACUGAGCUAGAUGGACCUUUGGUCUGACCCAGUAUGGCCGUUCUUAUGUGCCACCAUCUUCCACCCUGGCACUGUUCAAUUCAGAGACAGGGAGAGGAGAAUUUUCAGAAGAAAAUCUGAUUAAGCAAUUCUCUGCUCAGUAUGACUUAGGAUAGCUCCAUUUACUGUACACAUUCACACAACAUUGCCCAUGCUUGCAUUUAACUUCUUCUCCUACAACAAAAAGUUGAAACCUUUGUCUUGUUAACUUGGGGAUGGGAUGGACGCCAUCUUCAGAUUUAAACCCGAGACCGCUGGUAGGAUGCUCCUUGCUCCCCUCUGCAGGCAUCACCUGACGUCUUCCUGCCCCUCGGGCACAUGUGAGUCUCUAGCUGAGCCCUCGCCAUGUCUGACUUCCCAGCCCCCUUGGCAGGACAGGGCUGGGGGCUGAGUCCCUCCUCACCGGCGGUGAAGAGGCCAUGGCACGUCUCACACAGACGAGCUCCGGGAGCGCCUGCCGGUCCCCGCCAUCCGUGGAGCUCCUUCGUCAUCAUGAGUCCUCCACUGCCCAGGACUUUCCUCAGAGCUCUGCUCUCUCUGCUGUGGGGUAGGUUGGGAAAGACACCAGCUCACAAGGUUGUUUAUGCUGUAGAAAAGCCUGUGAAUCUCCCUCAGCCAGCCAACUUGAAUUUAGACUGUGAUUUUAUCAGACUAAGGAAGAUUUUAAUCAAACAGCCUUUCUCACCCCAGUGGAUGUUGCAGAAAGUCAAGACCAAGAGGAAGAAGUGCUGCCGCUGCUGCUGCUCCCCCCCGGCCGCGGCGGGCGCGGGCGCCGGGCUGGGGGGACCCCCUCCGCCGCUGCUGCUGGAUGCCAUCGCCUGCGAGGACGAGUUCGACUGCAAGGAGCUGGAGUCCCUCUUCCAGAGCUACAACCUGAAGCUGGAGCAGACCUCCACCCUCAAGGCGCUGGCCGUGCUCAUCGUGCUGACCGCCAGCCUGGCCCUGGUGGAGCUGCUCUCCGGCCCCAGCCUGACCAUCUCCAAGGGCUCGCACCCGGUGCACUGCAUCAUCUUCCUCUCCCUCUUCAUCGUCACCAACGUCAAGUACCUGCAGGUCACCCAGCUACAGCAGAUCGUCAAGCUCACCCUGCUCUUCAGCUUCACCUUCUCCUUCCUCUGCUGCCCCUUCUCGCUGGGCGCCUACGGCCUGGAGCCCCCCAGCGCCCCCGAGCAGGGCAUGUGGCAGCUCAUGCUGGUCACCUUCGUCUCCUACUCGCUGCUGCCCGUGCGGACCCUGCUAGCCAUCGUCUUCGGGCUGGUGGUGGCGGUCUCCCACCUCAUCGUCACCGCCACCUCGGUCAGUGCCAAGAGGCAGCGGCUCUGGAGGACGCUCAUGGCCAAUGCUAUCCUGUUUGUCAGUGUAAAUUUGUAUGGGGUCUUUGUGAGGAUUUUGACGGAAAGGGCUCAGAGGAAGGCAUUCCUUCAGGCCAGGAACUGCAUAGAAGACAGGCUAAAGCUGGAGGAUGAAAAUGAAAAACAGGAGCGUCUCCUGAUGAGUCUUUUGCCCAGGAACGUUGCCAUGGAAAUGAAAGAAGAUUUCCUGAAGCCACCCGAAAGGAUUUUUCACAAGAUUUACAUUCAAAGGCAUGACAAUGUUAGCAUUUUGUUUGCAGACAUUGUGGGGUUCACUAGUUUGGCAUCACAGUGCACUGCUCAAGAGCUGGUGAAGCUUCUGAAUGAACUCUUUGGCAAGUUUGAUGAAUUAGCUACAGAAAACCACUGCAGAAGAAUUAAAAUUCUAGGGGACUGUUACUAUUGUGUAUCAGGAUUGACACAGCCCAAAACAGACCAUGCCCACUGCUGUGUCGAAAUGGGACUGGAUAUGAUUGACACCAUCACGUCUGUAGCAGAAGCCACUGAAGUGGAUCUCAACAUGAGAGUUGGACUACACACAGGCAGGGUGCUUUGUGGGGUCCUAGGUCUCCGCAAAUGGCAAUAUGAUGUCUGGUCAAAUGAUGUGACUCUAGCAAAUGUAAUGGAAACUGGAGGAUUGCCUGGGAAAGUUCACAUAACAAAGACCACCUUAGAGUGCCUAAACGGUGACUAUGAGGUAGAACCAGGGUAUGGCCAUGAAAGGAACAGUUUCUUGAAGAAGCAUAAUAUUGAAACAUUUUUUAUUGUGCCAUCCCAUCGGAGGAAGAUAUUUCCAGGACUGAUUCUCUCAGACAUAAAGCCUGCCAAAAGAAUGAAGUUCAAAACAGUCUGCUACCUGCUGGUCCAGCUCAUGCAUUGUCGUAAGAUGUUCAAAGCUGAGAUACCUUUCUCCAAUGUCAUGACAUGUGAGGAUGAUGAUAAGAGGAGAGCAUUAAGAACAGCCUCUGAAAAACUCAGGAAUCGUUCCUCUUUUUCUACGAAUGUGGUACACACCACCCCAGGAACUCGAGUAAACAGAUACAUCAGCCGUUUGAUAGAGGCCCGGCAAACUGAGUCCGAGAUGGCUGACUUGAAUUUCAUUACCCUCAAGUAUAAACAAAUUGAACGUGAGCAUAAAUACCACCAGCUUCAGGAUGAAUACUUCACCAGUGCUGUAGUUCUUUCACUAAUUCUAGCUGCCUUAUUUGGCCUUGUCUACCUUCUAAUAAUCCCACAGAGUACCAUAGUCCUUGUCCUCCUGGUGUUCUGCAUAUGCUUCCUAGUGGCUUGUAUUAUGUACCUACAUGUCACACGAGUACAAUGUUUUCCAGGGUGCCUGACAAUACAGAUUCGUACCAUUUUGUGUAUUUUUAUUGUGAUCUUAAUUUACUCUGUGGCUCAAGGGUGUGUGGUUGGAUGCAUGCCUUGGGUAUGGAGUACGAAUUCCAGCAGUUCCAUUGUGAUCAUUUCUCCCGGUGGAAUGAAUAAAACAAUGAAUGAACUUCCAUGUGAUACAGCCCAUUAUGCUUUCCUUUCCUGCGUUGUGGGGACUCUUACCUUGGCAAUAUUUCUACGUGUCUCUUCCUUGCCAAAAAUGAUCCUCCUGCUUUUUGUUACUAUUUUGUACAUAGUUGUUCUGGAACUCAGCGGAUACAGAAAAGCAGUAGGGGGUGGCUCCUUUUAUAUGCGUGGCUAUGAACCUAUAUUAGCCAUUUUGCUGUUUUCUUGUGCGUUGGCACUUCAUUCCAGGCAGGUGGACUUGAAGUUACGUCUGGACUACCUCUGGGCUGUGCAGGCAGAAGAAGAGAGAGAUGAUAUGGAGAGAGUAAAGCUGGAUAAUAAAAGAAUUCUCUUCAAUCUCUUGCCAGCACAUGUUGCACAGCACUUUCUUAUGUCUAACCCUAGAAACAUGGACCUUUAUUACCAGUCAUAUUCACAAGUGGGAGUGAUGUUUGCUUCCAUCCCAAAUUUCAACGAUUUCUACAUUGAACUGGAUGGCAAUAACAUGGGAGUGGAGUGUUUACGCCUCUUAAAUGAAAUUAUUGCCGAUUUUGAUGAGCUUCUGGACAAAGAAUGUUAUAAGGACAUAGAAAAGAUCAAGACAAUUGGCAGUACAUAUAUGGCAGCCGUAGGACUUGUACCAACUACAGGAACUAAGGCUAAAAAAUCAAUUGAUUCCCACUUGAGUACACUGGCAGAUUUUGCAAUAGAAAUGUUUGACGUUCUUGAUGAAAUCAACUAUCAGUCUUACAACGACUUUGUCCUCCGAGUUGGUAUUAAUGUUGGGCCUGUAGUGGCAGGAGUUAUUGGGGCCAGAAGACCACAGUACGAUAUCUGGGGCAACACUGUAAACGUUGCCAGCAGAAUGGAUAGUACUGGAGUGCAGGGUAAAAUUCAGGUGACAGAAGAAGUUCAGCGGAUAUUAAAGAGGUGCACUUACGAGUUUGUGUGCCGAGAGGUUUUACAUGCGCAUGAAGAUUAUAAAUCCUUUGGAAAUGGACAUCCUUUUGUUUUUCCUUGCAAUCUACUGCAUGCCACACAUGCCUGACUUCAGUAAAACAAAAGAAAACAGUAAGUUUUUCCUAAAUAUUUUUGACAUAUCACUUUUGACGGAGUUUAAUCCACUAGUUGCAUGUGCAUUCUGCAAAGCAAAAGCAAAAUACCAACAGCAAAACAAAGAGAAACUGUAACCUAAUAAUCACGCCAACCUCAGUGUUGCUAAAUCCAUGUUAUGGUAUAUGAAAUGUGCUAUCGACAUCUAUGCUAUCUUUUAAAAAGUACCUUUUGGUCAUUAGAAGCAAUAAAUUAAACACCAUUUACUGUAAAAUAAAAAUGAAUGGAAGUAUUAGUUUCUAACUGUGUAACAAGUCUGGCAUUCAACAGGUACUGUUUGAUUUAGGACAGGCAUCA